GAACUUCGCGGCCUUUUUGUUUUAUUUUCGAUUUAAUUUUACUAUUUGUAAGCUUAGAUAAAAUGGAUAAUCAUGACGAAAAGAAGGACAAUGAAAAGGUUAAGUCCAUAAAGCCUAUUAAUGUAGAAUCUGUGCACAAGAUAUGCUCCGGUCAAGUAGUGCUUAGUUUAGCGGUAGCAGUAAAAGAACUGGUCGAAAAUUCGCUAGAUGCUGGGGCCACUAAUAUAGACAUACGGUUUAAAAAUCACGGAAUAGAUCUGAUAGAGGUGGCUGAUAAUGGGUCUGGUGUUACAGAUGACAAUUUUGCAGCGUUAACUUUAAAAUACCACACUUCUAAACUAAACGAGUAUUCAGACCUACUAGGAGUAUCUAGCUUUGGGUUUAGAGGAGAGGCAUUAAGUUCUCUAUGUUCGCUGGCAAAACUCACCAUUGUCACCAGGCACAAGAGUUCUGAGCAUGCAACAAAGUUGGAGUAUGAUCAUAAAGGAAAUAUUGUAAAGAAGACUCUAUGUUCGCGCCAAGUUGGAACCACUGUCAGUUUAUCAAAUUUAUUUGCUUCACUACCAGUCAGGCAGAAAGAGUUUCAUAAGAAUGCCAAAAGGGAAUUUAACAAAAUGACUCAACUUCUAUAUGCAUAUUGUCUCAUAUCAUUGGGAGUCAAAAUAACUUGUACUAACCAAACAAGUACCAAUUCUAAGACUUCAGUGGUGGCCACACAGGGAUCAGUUUCCUACAAAGACAACAUAGCUUGUAUAUUUGGCACAAAACAAUUGCAAUCCAUCCUAGAAAUCAAGCCUGAGCAGGUUUCAAAUAUCAAGGAUAAUAUUUUUAAAGGGCUAUCAGGGAAUGUUCGGGAGAGUGAAGACUCUGUUGUACUGGAAGAUGUGGAGAUAGACUUGUCAGAAGAGUCUAAUGAUGCUGAUCAAUCAUGUGUUGAAAGCUCACAAGAAGCAAUAACCAACUCGCAAAAAUCACAGGGCUAUAAAAAUGUAACUGAUCCUGUAGAAUUCACAGGCUUUAUAUCAUCUUGUGCUCACGGUAGCGGCCGCUCCAGCACAGACAGACAGUUUUUCUAUGUCAAUUCAAGACCCUGUGAACCAACAAAAAUAAUGAAAGUUAUCAAUGAAACUUACAGACAAUAUAAUCCACACCAGUAUCCUUUCGUGUUUUUGAACAUCACCAUAGAUAGAACAUCUGUUGAUGUAAAUGUAACACCAGACAAAAGAAAAUUAUUUCUUACUAAAGAAAAGAUCAUAUUAGAUGUUAUGAAAGCAUCAUUAUUAAAACUUUUUGAAGCUAUACCAAGGACCUUAAAAAUAGAAACUAAUGCUAAUCUGUACAGCCAUAAAUCUGAAAAUGUUAAGCCAGAAACAGAUCAGCCUAGAAUUUUCAACUCUUUCAUGCAGCGAUUUUCUAAGAAUCCUGUAUCAACAUCUCAAUCAGAAAAUAGUAGCAAGGCAGAAACAAGACAAGUAGAUUUGAAAAGGAAAUCAACUACAAUGUUGGACUAUAUAGCUUCCAAAACAAGCAAAUUGAAUGAUGAUAACCAUGUUGACUGUAAACAAGUAUGUGAGGACUCUAAAUCUGAAAGUAUUGAAAUAGAAGCAUCAGAUUCUGAUAACUCAGUAGAAGAACAUAAUGGAACAGUGAAAAAUGAAACUAUCAUUAAUGAUUCAGUAGAAACACUAAAUGAAACUACCAAUGCAGAUCCAUCAAAUGAAAGUAAUGAAUUAAGUCCUUCAUCUGAUAAUGUAACAAAAAACAUCAUGUACUUAGAGGACUCUGAUAAUGUCCCAGAUACUCAAAUUAGAAAGCUAACUGAUGUUGUAAUUGAAAAAUCACACACAUAUCAUUGCAAUAACAAAGACUUGCAGAAAAAGAAUAAUGUAUCCUUGAACUUUGAACAAAAAGGCAAACAAAAUAAAUCAAAAACUGUAGUAACAGAUAAGGAAGACUUAGGUAAAUGUAACAGAAAAACUGUGAUUAUGAAAACAUCUCUAGCUCACGUAAAAGCAUUAGCGGUAAUGAACAAUAAACAAACUAAUAUGACUGCACCAGAAAAAAUAAAAUUCAAAACUUCUAUAAACCCUGUCUUUAAUAAGAAAUGUGAGGAAGAACUCAGUAAAGAAAUAUCUCAAGAAUCAUUCAAAAAGAUGAUUGUUGUAGGUCAAUUUAAUUUAGGAUUUAUAAUCACUCAAUUAGAAGAUGAUCUGUUUAUAAUUGAUCAGCACGCUACUGAUGAGAUUUAUAAUUUUGAAACAUUACAGAAAACUACAGAGCUAACAAGCCAAAAACUAGUCAUACCGCAGCAACUUGAACUCACAGGUGUCAACGAACAAAUACUAAUGGACAACUUAGAAAUUUUCAAAAAGAACGGAUUCACGUUUGAAAUAAAUGAAGAUGCCCUUCCAACUAAAAGAGUGAAACUUUUAACUAUUCCUAUGUCGAAAAAUUGGAUAUUUGGGAAAGAAGAUAUCGAAGAGUUAUUAUUUAUGCUAAGGGAAUCGACAUCGGAAUACUGUAGGCCAAGCAGAGUAAGGGCGAUGUUCGCCUCCAGAGCGUGCCGCAAAUCCGUCAUGAUAGGCACGGCCUUGAGCAAAGCCGAUAUGAAAGUACUGGUAGACCACAUGGCAGAAAUUGACAACCCCUGGAACUGUCCUCAUGGCCGACCUACCAUUCGACACUUGGUGAAUUUAGCUAUGUUGCAUAAAAGCUAAUAAUUUUAUCUACUUUAAACGAAUCAUCAAAAAUCAUGGCUGUUAUUUUGUAAUACGUUGAAAUAAAUAGA